AUGAAAGGCGAGAGUGCCUUCGACCUCGACCGGGGACAGGCGGAACAGGCCACCGCGGAUGUUCUCGGCGAUGAAGCCUUUGCAAUCAACAGUUAUUCGCCGGAUAUUCGGCACAACAGGCUUCCAGCAGUCCCAGGUGUACCCAUCAGCGCCGACAAACCUGAGGAAACAGCACCCGAUGUAACCGCCGUCACCGCCCCUGAUGCCGCGCCUCCGGCUAUCGUGCCUCCCACCGCUCCGGCCGCUAUCCCUGACACUGUUCCGCCAGUUACAGCCGAGCCCACAACAGCACCGGCCAUGCCAGAAGCAGUUGUCAGAGUUGCUGCCGCAGUCGUUGCUCCAGCCGUGGCACCACUUAAAAUCGCACCCCCACUGCCCACAGCGCCUCCAAAUAGUUUCAAGAAGAGCGGCAUGACGGCAGGCAAUGGGCCCACAAGCGAAGAGGUUGAGCAACGGUAG